ACUGGCGCACUCGGCGGGGAGCCGGAGGGAGAGGCGGGCGCAGGCAGCGGCGCCGGGGCCGGGACUCUGGCAGGCAGCGGCUGGGAUGAGGCGCGGGGGCGGCUGUGGGGGCAGAUAGCGUCCCGCGGGGAAGCGGCCGAGUGGGGCUCGGAGCAGAGGCGGGGGCCGCCCGGCAGCGCCAUGGCGGCGCAGUGCGACCCGCUGAGCGGCUACCUGCCGCAGCCGCUCUCCGACCCGGGCUCCAACAGCGAGCGGAGCGCCGACUCCCCGCUGCCCGGCUCCGAGGAGGACUCGGCUGGCCCGCGGCCCCUGCGCAGCCCCGAGUGGGGCGAGGAGCGAUUCCGGGUGGACAGGAAGAAACUGGAGGCCAUGCUGCAAGCUGCUGCUGAGGGCAAAGGCAAAAGUGGAGAAGAUUUUUUUCAGAAGAUUAUGGAAGAAACGAACACACAGAUUGCUUGGCCAUCCAAGCUGAAGAUUGGGGCAAAGUCCAAAAAAGAUCCCCAUAUUAAAGUCUCUGGAAAAAAAGAAAAUGUUAAAGAAGCUAAGGAGAAGAUCAUGUCUGUCUUGGACACAAAAAGUAAUCGAGUCACCCUGAAGAUGGACGUUUCACAUACAGAACAUUCUCAUGUGAUUGGCAAAGGUGGCAAUAACAUUAAAAAAGUGAUGGAAGAAACAGGAUGUCACAUCCAUUUUCCAGACUCAAAUAGGAAUAACCAAGCAGAAAAGAGCAACCAAGUGUCUAUUGCAGGACAGCCAGCUGGAGUGGAGUCUGCCAGAGUUAGAAUACGGGAGCUGCUUCCUUUGGUACUUAUGUUUGAAUUACCCAUAGCUGGAAUUCUCCAACCUAUCCCAGAUCCUAAUUCUCCUACGAUUCAGCAUAUAUCACAGACUUAUAACAUUUCAGUUUCUUUUAAACAACGUUCUCGAAUGUACGGUGCUACUGUCAUUGUUAGAGGGUCACAGAAUAAUACUAGUGCUGUGAAGGAAGGAACAGCCAUGCUUCUGGAACACCUGGCUGGGAGUCUGGCCUCUGCAAUCCCUGUGAGCACGCAGCUAGAUAUUGCAGCACAGCAUCAUCUCUUUAUGAUGGGUCGAAAUGGCAGUAACAUCAAACAUAUCAUGCAGAGAACUGGUGCUCAGAUCCACUUCCCUGACCCCAGUAACCCACAAAAGAAAUCCACUGUCUACCUCCAGGGCACUAUUGAGUCAGUCUGUCUUGCCAGACAAUAUCUCAUGGGUUGCCUUCCUCUUGUGCUGAUGUUUGAUAUGAAGGAAGAAAUUGAAAUAGAACCACAGAUUAUAACUCAACUAAUGGAACAACUAGAUGUCUUCAUCAGCAUUAAACCAAAGCCAAAACAACCAAGCAAGUCUGUGAUUGUAAAAAGUGUCGAACGAAAUGCCUUAAAUAUGUAUGAGGCAAGGAAACGUCUCCUGGGACUUGAAAGUAAUGGAGUCACCAUAGCAGCAAAUCCAUCUACAAUCUCAUGCCCCGUUGGCCUCUCGUGUCCUGGUUUGGACAUCUUGCCCUCAGCAGGGUUAGGACUCACUGGACUUGGUCUCUUAGGUCCUACUGCCUUAUCUGUCAACACCUCUACUGCUCCAAACUCGCUCUUGAAUGCCCUUAAUAGUUCUGUUAGUCCUCUACAGAGCCCAAGUUCAGGCACGCCCAGUCCUACGUUAUGGGCAACAUCUCUUGCCAACACAAGUGCCACAGGUUUUUCUGCUAUACCACAUCUGAUGAUACCAUCUACUGCCCAAGCUGCUUUAACUAGUAUUCUGCUAUCUGGAGUGCCUAAUUAUAGUCAGAACACUCCAUCUCCCCCUCCUGGCUUGACUCCCGUUGACAUUCAUGUCAAUGGCAUGAAAUCCGAGAACAAAAAAGUUUCAGCUUCUUUAAACGGUCAUGUAAAGACAUCAAAUAUCAAGUAUGCUGCACUAUCUGCCUCAUCACUAGGAGAAAAUGUGUUGAGCACAAACCACAGUGAUUCAUCAAGGCAGACAAAUAGUCAUAGCACCUCAGAACAAGUGACCACCAAGUCAAAUACAGCAGAAGGCUGCAACGAUGCUUUUGUAGAAGUGGGCAUGCCAAGAAGUCCGUCACAUUCAGCAAAUGCCAGUGAUCUGAAGCAAAUGAUGAGUUCUUCCAAACAGUCCUGUACUAAGAGGCAAACAGUAGAAUUACUGCAAGGAACCAAAAACUCUCACUUACACACCACAGAGAGAUUGCUUUCUGAUACUGAGCUGAGUGCUUCUGAAAAUCACGUUGCUGAUAAAAAAGCUCCUGGUAGUGAACGAGCAGCAGAGAGGGCAGCAGCUGCUCAACAGAAUUCUGAAAGAGUGCGCCUUGCUCCACAGUCGUCAUAUGUAAAUAUGCAGGCAUUUGACUAUGAACAGAAGAAGCUAUUAGCAACCAAAGCGAUGUUAAAGAAGCCUGUUGUAACAGAAGUGAGAACUCCAACGAAUACAUGGAGUGGCCUAGGAUUCUCCAAAUCUAUGCCUGCAGAAACGAUCAAGGAACUAAGAAGAGCUAAUCAUGUAUCAUACAAGCCAUCUAUGACAACCACGUAUGAAGGUUCAUCGAUGUCUCUCUCACGGUCCAGCAGUCGGGAACAUUUGGGAAGUGGUAGUGAAUCGGAUAACUGGAGAGAUCGAAAUGGUAUCGGUCCCUCAGUUCACAGUGAAUUUGUCUCGUCAAUUGGCAGCCCCAAGCGGAAACAAAACAAAUCAACUGAACAUUAUCUCAGCAGCAGUAAUUACAUGGAUUGCAUUUCCUCGCUGACAGGAAGCAAUGGCUGUAACCUGAACAGUUUGUUUAAGGGGUCUGAUCUGCCUGAGCUGUUCAGUAAACUCGGUUUGGGCAAAUACACUGAUGUAUUCCAACAACAAGAGAUUGACCUUCAGACCUUCCUUACUCUCACAGAUCAAGAUUUGAAAGAGCUAGGAAUUACUACUUUUGGUGCCAGACGGAAAAUGCUGCUUGCAAUCUCAGAUGUCUUGUUAUGGAUUGAUGAAGGGUUCUCAUGUAAUGAAGGAAAUCAUAAAGUGCCUCUUUUUCUGCAAUGAAAUAUGAAGUUUCCAAACAUUAAUUUGUUGAAAAGCAUUCCCCUAGGAAAUAUUGUGACUUACUUGUACUGUAAUGUAUUAUUUAUGUUCAGUGUACAAGCCUUUUAAGAUGGACAUAAACCACUGUCAAGUGCUCUUAACAGAAGACAUUAGAAUAACCAUUUACAGUAGUUGGUUUUUAUGCAAAAAUGGGGUGAGAAAUAGUUUUGACACUUUCUGUGUAUACAUCUUCUAAGGUGAGAAAAAAAAUCAGUUUAUGAGAAAUUUGCACACAAAGGGAAUUUUUAAGAGGUAAUUGCUUUGAGGACUUAGAUGAUGAAGCAGUAAUAAAAUGACCUGUUGCAAUUAGCAAAAAUUAACUGCUCAGUAUGGGGUUCAGCCAUAUCCACUUAAUGGUGUAUAGUGAAAUAACUUUCACUGCAAAUAAAAUAACAGCUAACUCUUUCAGUGUUUAAUGUUGCAGGACAAUGCAGUUUGCAAGCACAGAGCUGUAAGCAACAAAGUUGUGCCCAAAGUCUAUGAACAUAUCGGAUACUUGCGUAUAAUUCAGGCACGCUCAACUUUAUCAAACAACUAUGAGAGCUUAAAACGCUGAUCCUGGAAAUAAUUACUCUUCUGCUUAUUUUUAUACUUGUGAGUAGUCCCAUUGACAUGAGACUACUUACUUGUUCAAAGUUGAGCACUUGUGGGCUUGCAAGACCUAGGUUUGAAAAUCAAGUCUUAUAUGAACUUGUGUGUUUAGUUUUACAUAAUAUUUUAAAAUUAGAUUAAAUCUUUAGCAAAUCCACUUAGACAUUUGCCUACUUAGUUUGUGUAAUUUUUUUUAAGUUUCAACAUUUUACUUCAGCAAAAACUCCACAUGUCACUUUCUUUCAUUUUUUUCAUAAAUACAUAACAUGCGGUUUGACAGUAUUAUAUCUGGAAGCUGAAAUUCUUACAAUAUUAAGUUGAUGUGGUCUUUUGCUGAGCAGUGCUUAUAUCAUCUAUUACCAAAGUGAAGAAUUUCCCAGUAAUAACAUUAUUUUCAGUAGGGCUGCACACACAAAAAAACACACACUGGAAAACAUUUUUCUCACUUCUUUUAAUUUCAUGAAGGGAAUAUGACAAUGCAAUAUACAGUGUUGUCAAUGUUGUAUUAUGCACAAAAUAUUUGACUUGCUAGAUUAAAAUGUUAGUUUUAAAUCUGUGCCUUAAUAGUGACCAGUUAUCUGUAAAUAUAGAGCAGAUACAGAUUGUAUUUUUUGUGGGUUGUCCUUUUAGUGAUUUUUUUUAAAUGAAAGGUGGAAUUAAAAGUAUUAAAAAUGGGAAUUUUUUCAAAACUAAUCAAUUGUUACAUGGAAAAAAAUAAAUGUAUGUAACCCCCUGGUA